CAUGAAUUGGAGCCUUGAAAAAACCAUUGAGUGUGAAAAGAGUAGGCCCAAAACUCGUAAGCUUCGAACGAGGAAAGAGAGAAGCAUCCACUGAACACUUCAAAGGUGAAUGAUUUGAUGCUUCAAUGAUAAGGGGACAACGACAUCAUGAUUCCAAAGGGCAUCGUUCUGAUUCCUCCACAAACACCAUAUCGCCCAAGCAAUCCGCUGGAGAUCCGUUGUGGAAGCUGUAACCAGAAUCUGCUGGAACCACGGAGGAAAACCAGUGGCGGACGACCGAUUCCCCCCAACACUAGAAGCUGCCAACAGAAUUAGCAAAGGGGCAAGAGAGAAAAAUGUGUUCAAUCGUUUCCUCCGUAAAACCACAUACUGGACAAAGAGAGAUCAACUCCAAACCUUUCGAAAUAAGGGCGCACGAUGUUGGGAGAAUCCCACGAAUCGCUCGCCAAAGACAAACCCGGACUUUUGGUGCAACAUGAAUUUUCCAAAGUCUUCUCCAACAAAAAAAGGAUGGAUCUGCCGAAGCUUCCCCCAUGACUUUUAGAUAGCCAUCUCUAACUGUGUACUCACCCCGAACUCCCCCCUUCCAGAAGCAAGUAUCAUCUGAGUGGAUGUUGUUUUAGAAAUUCAACCAACAAAAAAAAAGGAAGAAUAGGAGAAGUCGGCAUUGGAUAGAAGAUAAGAUGAAGAAUGUUGAAUAGGAACAAUGGAGAAUGAAAAUGGUAGCAGAAGGAGAAAACCGCAGGGGCGCCCCCGCUCGACUCUGACCUCCCAAUGUUCUCCUUGUCCACCUCCGCUGGUCUUCAAAUCACCAAUUCACCGUUCAUAGCCCAGGUAUACUGUUUUGCUUUCAAUUUUGAUUCCCCUCCUUGAAAAAAAAACCUAAUUCUAUGAGUAUUUAUAUUUAGCAUGCCGGGGAGCAUCCCACAUGCCCUUGCCAUGUAAUCAAAAUGACAUCUUCACUGUUUUUGCAGGGUAAGACUUCUUCCAUUUUGACCUUCAAAAUCCAACAUUUUGAGAUUAUAUUGAGUUGUUCUUGUUGGCUUUUCAAAGCAUUUCAUUUGGACUUUAGCCUAAACCCAUUCUCUUCUUAAAAUUCUUCAUGAGUAUGCAGUGUUUUUUUUCCUUUUAGCUUUGGCUUCCAUUAUGGAUUUCUCUCUGAGCCCAGCCUUCUAAUUGGACAACUAAAGGUCUUUCUAUGGAUUUCUAUUCUUGACGCCUCCUUUAUCUUGAUGCUGUAUUUUUAUAUGACUGAACUUUUUUAGUGGUGUUUAUUUUCUAUAUGUUCAUCCAUUUGAGAAGUUCACUUUCUUCCUCAUGUAGUAAUUUUAUUUUCUAUGUUUCACACUCUGUUGGUCCUAUGCAAUGUACCUUAUAAUGUUUUGCUUUAUUUUAUGUUUGUUUAUCAUUUGGGCCAUUGCAACCUUGACUAACCAGAAGGACUUCAGUGUCUAGCCUAUGCUUCACUCAAUGAUUCAUUUCUCUUGUGGAGACAUUUACACUAUGUUUGGUUCAAGACAUUUGGAAGGAAAAGAAAAGAAAACAAUUUUCUCUUAUUUUCCUCACCAAAGUACCAAAGUGGGAGGAAUUAGGUUUUCCCUCCUCUUAGUACAAUUUAAUUUCUCAUUUUCUUUUCCUUCCACUUUUCUUUCUUUUCCUCUCUAACCAACAUGAAAAAUUGUUUUCCCUUAAAUUUUAUUUUCUUUUACCUUUCAAUUCCUUGAACCAAACACAGUGUUAAUAUUAUCUGAGGGGUAAAACUUCAUGUGCUUUAAUUUUUUUUCAGCAGAUAAUGGUUUUUGGUACAGAAAUGAUUCAAGAUUGGAUGCUAGUUUCUGAUUGAUCAGUGAGGUUUGUUCAUUGUAGGGGAAAACUGGUAACUUUUCCAUUGCACAUAAAUUGCUAGAGGUUCAAAGGUAACAAUGUGAGUUGUUACUAGAUUGAUAGAUUUAUAAAAGUAUAUGAUGGGUUUUACUCAGCAUAGUUAUUACUUAUCUACAGUGGUAAAUAACUAAAAUAUUACCAGAAAAAUAUAGUCUAUGAAUAUUAGUAAGAGGAUCAACUAUAUUCACUCACAAACUCAAGGAUUAUCUUAGCUUGAUCAUUGCUCUUUAAUGGCUUCUUUUAUGACAAACCUGCACGAGUGUCACCAGUCACCACAUAACUAUUUCAAUGACAAUUUCACUUUCAUUUUCAAAAGUACUUCUGUGAUGGUAAAAUUGUGUCACUGUUUAAUUUUUUAUGAUAACUUGUGUUGUUAUUACAAGUACUACGUUAGUCACAAAGGAAUUUUUGUAAAUAAGAUGAUUUUCAUGAUAACCAAGUACAAUGUCAGUUGUCACUAAAUUGUUACAAUGUUUUAAAGACUGAUAACUUUGUCAUUUAUUAUGAUACAUAGUGAUGACAAACUACAUAAUAUAUUUGCGAGCAAGAAAGGAGCUUCAAAUUCGUGGGGAGGAAUUACUGUUGUUGAGAGUUGGAAUGGCUCCAGUGGGUGGCAAUGGGAGAAAAUCCCGAACCUCCCACCUAACAUUGUUUCUUUGAUGCAACUACCGGUGAUGCAGUCAGAGACAGACAUCUAGGACGAAUACUACUGGAAGCAUGACCCGAUAAAUUAAAGUGCCAAGCGAGAUGAAGAUCAUAUUGUGGACUAUUUGCCAUGAAAAGGCAAUGGAAAAGCUGAACUAAGGAAAAGAGGCCUUACUUGAGAUAGCUCUUGCCCUUUCUAUAGGGAUAACGAGGAGACCAUUGCUCCCAUAUUCAGAACAUGCCCAAAAGCAAGGCAGAUCAGGCUGCUAGAGAUCGGGUACUAAAGUGGAAACCAGCCAUUGACCAUGAGCUUGCUUUGAAUGUCGAUGGGAGCACAAAAAAUAAUAGCAAACAGGGCUGGGGCGGCGGAGUCAUUUGCAGCAACAGUGCAGAAUGGUUAGGUGGGUUCGCGUGCUGAACUAUGCCGACUAAUAUUGAGGAAAUUGAAGCCAAAGCCAAUCCAAUGAGCAUGGGAGAGAGCAGUGAGAGAUCAUGAGGUGCAGUCUGAUGAUGCAGAAGUGUACAAAUGGGCUAAGGGGUCGACCAGUUUGUGUGGUACGGUUAAUCAUGGCUUGUUUUCUCAAGAAUGAUACCCCCUUCUCUCGCUCUCACUGUUUUCUUUACCGGGGGAGGGGAGGGAUGGAUUCAUGAUGGUGAUCGCUCCACCACUGCUUACCGUUGUCUAGCUUGGUUCUAACAUUGUGUUCUAGCACAUGCCACGGCAAAGCUCUUUGGCUCCACAAUUUGCUAUGUGAAAUUGACUUCACACUUGUGUGUCUUCUACUAAUUUUUUUUAAUGAAUGAACGGAGACAAAUGAUGUCUGCAUUCAUUCAUUUUUUAAUGUACCAGAAAUGUUAAUAGGCACGGUUAAUAAGUCUAUCAUGAUUGU